CAUAAUCAUACCAGUUAAAGAUCAAAAGCCAUAACAAAUCCCAGUUCGAGAUGAGCUCAUAACCGAGACAGCCCUUCAGCAAAGAACAUGCUAAUGUAUCCGGAAAUCACAUUAUUGGUACUGGCUUGCCUGGGAUUUGGUUCAUUUCAUGUGGUGAACGGUCACGUUGAGGGCGAAGAACAUGGCUCACCGAAUUCCGCCUAUAUAAGAAAGUACAAUCAGAUGAAGGAUAUGGUACACAAUGAAAUAUUACCCAUGCUAAAGGUGGUCGAGUGUCCAAAAUUGUUGCGCAGAGACAUUGCAUUGAUCGACUCCAAAAAGCUAAAUGGAAACUGGUUUUUGACUGCCCUAACACCGCCCCUUGGACAGGCUCGGCGCGAAGACAGGGACAAGUGCAUCAAAGAAACUUUGCCCCGAAUAGUUGCCCGAUCCGCUAUGGAAGAGCAUGUCAUUUCUACGGAUAACGACAAGUUUUUAGUUAUUUACAGAUGCGAGAAGGAUGACGAUUCAUUUUUGAUGGUCUUUCGGACCCAUACACGAAAUAAGAAACCCACUGUUGUCACCUUUAAAAGGGCUUUGGAGAUCCUGAGGGUCAACAACAUAUCCGAAAGUGUGGUGGUGCGUGUUAAAGAAGAUCGGGCAACCUGCACAAACUUCUCUGAAUAAACAAUUCAAAAGUAAUAAAGGAAAACUGAAAGCA